AGGGAGAGAGAGGGAGGGAAGGAGGGGGUUAACACUGGCUCCGAGAAACCCAGCCUGUACCCAGAGUUCCUCGGACAAACAGCUAGCUGGAGACUAGCAGGAAGUAGGAGCUAGGAUUCAGCAUGUAACUCUGGAUACCUGAUAUCUCCUCUCACUUUACACAACUGUACCGGCACUGAGAAAGGAUGUCUCCCCCCAUUCGGCUGCAGGAGCUGAUCCGGAUUAUCCGGACAGCUCGGACACAGGCUGAGGAACGCGCCAUCAUCCAGAAGGAAUGUGCGACAAUGCGUUCGAACUUCCGGGAGAAUGAGGGCUCAUAUCGGUGUCGGAACGUGGCAAAGCUACUCUACAUGCACAUGCUGGGCUACCCAGCUCACUUCGGCCAAAUGGAGUGCCUCAAGUUAAUCUCCUCGCCCAAGUUCACGGACAAACGCGUUGGAUACCUGGGUGCCAUGUUCUUGCUCGACGAGCGACAGGAUGCGCAUCUCCUCAUCACCAACUCCAUUAAGAAUGAUCUGAACCACAACACUCCGUAUGUCCAGGGCCUUGCGCUCUGCACACUGGGCUGUAUGGGGUCCGCUGAGAUGUGCCGGGAUUUGGCCAGUGAAGUUGACCACAUCCUCAAAACCACCAACUCCUACCUGAAGAAAAAGGCUGCGCUCUGCAGCGUCCACAUUGUACGGAAGGUUCCAGAACUGAUGGAGAUCUUUCUGCCGGCCUGCAAGAAGCUGCUGAAUGAGAAAAACCACGGUGUCCUCCAUGGUGCUGUGGUGCUCAUCACCGAGAUGUGUGAACGGAGUCCAGAGGUUCUUCAACGUUUCCGCAAGAUGGUUCCACAGCUGGUGCUGAUCCUCCGCUCCCUGACAACCAUCGGAUACUCCCCGGAGCACGACGUCUCCAGCAUCAGUGACCCCUUCCUGCAGGUGCGGAUAUUAAGACUGUUGAGGAUUCUAGGGAGGAACGAUGAUGAAAGCAGUGAAGCCAUGAAUGAUGUCCUUGCACAGGUAGCCACGAACACGGAGACCAGCAAGAAUCCCGGCAACGCCAUCCUGUACGAGACAGUGCUGACCAUCAUGGACAUCAAGUCCGAGAGUGGACUGCGCGUGCUGGCAGUAAACAUCCUGGGACGAUUCCUCUUGAACAACGACAAGAACAUUCGGUACGUGGCCUUGACCUCGCUCCUCAAGAUGGUGCAGUCCGACCACAUCGCAGUGCAAAGGCAUCGUAGCACUAUCGUGGACUGCCUGAAGGACCCGGACGCGACGAUGAAGAGACGGGCCCUGGAACUGAGCCUCGCCUUGGUCAACACCACCAACGUGCGAGGGAUGAUGAAGGAACUCCUCAACGUGCUGGCCGACUGUGGCCCAGAGCUCAAGGCCGACUGCACUUCUGGAAUCUUCCUCGCGGCAGAAAAGUAUUCCCCCUCAAAGCGCUGGCACAUUGACACCAUCAUGAGAGUCCUGACCACAGCAGGCAGCUAUGUCCGGGACGAUGCAGUUCCCAACCUCAUCCAACUGAUCACCAGUGCCGGGGAUUUACACGCUUAUACGGUGCACACACUCUACACAGCGCUGGAAAUGGACAUCUCCCAGCAGCCGCUGGUCCAAGUGGCCUCAUGGUGUAUUGGGGAAUAUGGGGACCUCCUCAUUUCUGGAAAAUGUGAGGAGGUGGAACCUAUCCAGGUGACAGAGGAUGAGGUCCUGGAUGUGCUGGAGACUGUCCUCCAAUCACAUAUGUCCCUGCCGGCGACGCGAGGCUACGCGAUGACAGCCCUCAUGAAACUCAGCACCCGGAUUCACGAGAACGUGGACCGAAUCCGGAGAGUGGUGUCGAUCUAUGGGAGUUGCCUGGAUGUGGAGUUGCAGCAGCGAGCGGUGGAGUACAAUGCUCUCUUCAAGAAAUACGACCACAUGAGGUCUGCAGUGCUGGAACGGAUGCCACUCAUGUCCAAAACGCCCGGGAACGAUUCCCAAGACAUUCCCGACUCCAACCGGGAAGUGAAGGAGCAGGAGGACAAAAAGGUGCAGCAGAAUUCCACGCACCGGAGCAACCAGACGAACGAUCUCCUGGACCUGUUGGGGGUGAAUGAUUCUCAUUCUGUUAUUCCGACUGAACAGACGGAGAAGGAACCCCUUGGUGGGGGAGAGCUGCUGGAUUUAUUGGGAGGACUGAAAGAUGCAGAACCAGCGGCGAUCCCUCCCAUUGUCGCCUACAAUGAGGAUGGCCUGUCCAUCAGCUUCUCCUUCGAGCUGUCCAGCAACAACUCCAAGCUUCUGUCCAUCUCCCUGCUCGCCACCAACUCCACCGGCAGCGACAUGACUGACUUUGUGUUCCAAGCUGCGGUCCCCAAGUCUAUCCAGUUGCAGCUCCUGUCCCCCAGUGGGAGUGUGGUACCUGCUCAGGGCUCCGGAUCGCUCACGCAAGUUGUGCAGCUCCUCAACCCACACAAGCAACCACUGAAGAUGCGAAUUCGCCUCCAGUACCGGCAUUGUGGACUCCCAGUGCAGCGCGUCAGUGAAAUCAACCACUUCCCACCGCAAGCCUGGCAAUGACCAUACCCGGGAAGCUGGGGGAGCGUUGGCGGCUGAGCUGCCAGUGGCGCCCGAAGUACUGCCGCCCCCACCUCCACGCCCCACGUUCCACCCCUCCCGGACCCUCUCCUGGGGCAACAGCCGGCUGACCCGGAACAACAAAAGCCCCCAGGACGUUGGAGCAUAGGGGAUCUGCGGAAGAGAUUGUGUGUGAUUUAUUAUUGAAGAACUGUGUGCCUCCUCAGUCAUCCUUCUUCCUGAUCGGACGCCUCCGGCUCCCUCGGCUAGACUCCCUCUUCCUCUCCUCUUCCCUCUCCCUCUCUUUCAACUCUUCCUAUUCUCUCUCUCUCUCCCCUCUGUUGCCUCCUUCUUUCUCUCUCUCUCUCUCUCUUCCUUC